GGAGGGCGGCGGCGCGGCGGCGCCGGUGGACUACCACCUGCUGAUGAUGUUCACCAAGGCGGAGCACAACGCGGCGCUGCAGGCCAAGGCCCGAGUGGCGCUGCGCUCGCUGCUGCGCCUCGCCAAGUUCGAGGCGCACGAGGUGCUCAACCUCCACUUCGUGAGCGAGGAGGCCAGCCGCGAGGUGGCCAAGGCCCUGCUGCGGGAGCUCCUGCCGCCCGCCGCCGGCUUCAAGUGCAAGGUCAUCUUCCAUGAUGUUGCUGUGCUGACAGACAAGCUCUUCCCCAUCGUGGAGGCCAUGCAGAAGCACUUCAGUGCUGGCUCGGGGACCUACUACAGCGACUCCAUCUUCUUCCUCUCAGUUGCCAUGCACCAGAUCAUGCCCAAAGAGAUCCUGCGGAUCAUCCAGCUGGACCUUGACCUGAAGUAUAAGACCAACAUCCGAGAGCUGUUCGAGGAGUUUGACAACUUCCUGCCGGGGGCUGUUAUCGGCAUAGCCAGAGAGAUGCAGCCUGUGUACAGGCACACAUUCUGGCAGUUCCGCCAUGAGAACCCCAGGACCAGAGUUGGGGACCCUCCCCCGGAGGGCCUCCCUGGCUUCAACAGUGGAGUGAUGCUGCUGAACCUGGAGGCUAUGCGCCAGUCCCCGCUCUACAGCCAUCUGCUGGAGCCCGCGUGGGUCCAGCAGCUUGCAGACAAGUACCGCUUCCGGGGCCACCUUGGGGACCAGGACUUCUUCACCAUGAUUGGCAUGGAGCACCCCGAGCUCUUCCACGUGCUGGACUGCACCUGGAACCGACAGCUGUGCACCUGGUGGAGGGACCAUGGCUACAGCGAUGUCUUCCAGGCAUACUUCCACUGUGAGGGCCACGUCAAGAUCUACCAUGGGAACUGCAACACCCCUAUCCCGGAGGACUAGGCACGGGCUCACCCACUCUGCCCUUUGGGGUCCAGGUGCUGCAGGCCUCCCAGCUGGCCAGGCCCUGUCCAGUGGCCAUCCAAAGAAACUUCGCUGAGCACUGCUGGAGCUCAGGCUGUCUCCCUCCGGGCAUCGUGAAGGACAGACACAGAUACCUUCCAUAGGUGGUUGACGAUACGGAAGGACAAGAUCCCUCGUCCACAUGGAAUCAAAACCCCUUGGAAACAACCACAUAAGUGUUGAGAUUGACAGGCUGCUGUUUGGUGAGAAGGAACAGUGCUCCUCUAGUUCCCGGCGAGCACUGCAUGAGUGAGUCAGGGUUUUAACAAGCAGCCCAGAGUGUAAGCCUCCGAAGGAAUGCCACAGUCCACAUCCUUUCCCAGGAGGCUUUGUACCUCCUCUCCAGAUGUUCACGCUGCUUGGUGCAGCCUUCAAGAGCAGCAUCUCUUUCGGUAAGGCCUCUUGGGCCAGCGAGGAGGCGCAUAAUGAUCCCCUUAGUGUGGCCUUCACAGCUCUUCUUUCCCAUUCUCCCUUGUCCAUCAUCCACCUGCCCCCGGUGACCUGACUGUACGAAGGGAUCAAAUCCACCAUCAACGAACAGAGAUUGGCUCUGCUGAGGCGUGCACUAGAAUUGUCCAGACUAGGGAGAUGACUCCAGAGAGCAGCCUAACGGUUCACUGAUGCAACUAGGUGGACUUGGAAAGGGGUGGCCUGGGGUCUCGCUGUGGUCUCUGGCGUGGAAAACAAACCCAUACUUACCUAUGGCACCUACCCCUUCACAGAAGAGUGCACCAUUUCUCUCCUUGGGCUUGGGAUGGGCUCUGUAACUCAGCUGCCCACGCGAAGCCACCACAGGCCAUGCCCGUACAGUCCAGCUCAUGUCCUCAAGCAAGAAAUGUUAGAUCCUCAUUAUAUUUUCUUUCACAAGUGAGAACAGCUAAUAAAUAGUCUUUGAGAACACUUGGUUCAUGUUGGUUGUUCUCUGACCAGAGUCUCCAGAGGCCUGGGGCUCUGAAUGAAGACAGGACUCACUAUCAACCAGAGCGCCUAAAAGGACCCACGAAGGCCUGCCGAGUGGCAGUGGUGGUGGUGCCGUGUUCGGUUCUAAGUACAGAGCCGUUUCGUUCUGGCUAUUGCUAGAUCCGUCUGCUGCUGGGGAGGGAACAGCCUCCCCAACCCCCCGCCCGCUUAGCCCAGACCCCACAGCUGCAUCCGUGCCUGGCGAGGCGGCACACGCUCCCUCACGAGCCCUCUGCUGGGGCCCAGUUCAUCUGUUCUCCGGGCUACUUGAUUUCCUAUUUAUAGCCUCUGGUUAUUAGAUGCCUGCUGUGUGCCAGGCAUCGUCUUGAGGAUUUAUGUGUGCUCUGGAUAAUCAUGAAAAUUUCACAAGUUCAUUCCAGUUCUAAAACUUACAUAUGAAAACAUAUGGACAGCCCUAUGCUGUGGUGGUUGCUGCAGCUCCUUAUUGUACAAAGUGUUGGAAACAGCCUAAAAUGCUGACAAGGGAAGUAGAUAAAUAAUGCAUAUGGCAACCAUAUAAUGGGAUAUAUUAAAAAUCAUUAUAAGGAAUAUUUAAUGUACCAGAAAAUACUUAACGCUAGUGAGUCAAGAAUACAAAAUAUAAGGUUGUAUGUAUGUCCUUUUGUUUUUUAAAUCACACAUGUGUGUGUAUCUAUAUGUAUUUGUGUACAAACAGGUACAUACAUGAAGUAUGUAUGAAUGGAAAGAGGGAGAUUGAAGAACAAGCCUAUUCUGUAUUUUGUUAGUUCAACUCCUCAAAGACCAUACUUCAAACACAUUAACAGAACAGUUAUCUCUAUGCGGGGAAGAAGUGGAUUAAAAGCCAGGGAGUUUUUUUAACUCACAAUAACAGCAGAAUUUUUCAUCAAUCAUUAAAGUGUUUCUAAAGCUA